CCGUUUGGAUCGCCGUACGAAAACAAUACGUUUCGAUGGAAAUCGAUUUCCGCGAAUUCACUCGUUCCGAGUUCUUCUAAUCCGUGUCUAUUUGACUCUUACCGUCCAAAACCGGCCAACGCUAUUGAUCAUUGCGUUGCGACGGAGCGUUCAAAUCUCCGUCGGGGAUCGGUGAACGAUGAGCGGUCGCAGCAGGAUCAAAAGUCCCGUGGGAUGCAGAUGCCACUACAUACUGAAACGAUGUAUGGCCAUCCAUCUGCAGAAACAGUCGCUCGUCCGGCACGUACCGCAACAGACGGAAGCAUCGCCGUACUGGAUGUACGACAACGGGUAUCUAAUAUUUCAGAGCUUUUUGGAAUCCAAUCUAAAAUGCGUCUGGAAUCGAAGUCUCGUGGAGGCGAUGCAAGUGGUGAAAUACGAGGGGUACGUAUCACCUGGUGUGUUAUUGCUCACCGGCGAUCCGUGUUCCAUGGAAGUGAUCAGAGGGGCCUGGUGUCGUAAUGUGCUCAGGCCACCGAACAGUUACGUGAUCACUAAAAUUGGUGACGUCGAAGACUGUGUAGUGGAAGACCUGAAUCAAGGACAAUUCACGCCACUGUCCGAAGCCCUGUGUCUAGUCAUAUUGGAGUUGACCAGCGCCAACCAAAAUGCCACAAUCGACACUGUACGUUCGGCCCUAAAAAUAUUCUUCUCCAACAUUCAACCACCGGCCGAACACAUUAUUUACGAUGCGAUGGUCAAUCUCAUGUCCGAAAAUAAGAUAUACCAGACCUCCAGGGGUUAUUUUGUUGUAACACCAGAGGUGCAACGACUAGUUGGUUCAGCGACCGCUAGCCCUGCACACAGUUUACGAUUGGGAGGAAGUAGCCGGUACAGUCCAAGCAAAAAAGGAUUUUUAAUGACUACGGAGGAAGCGUACGUGAAGGUGCACGGAGACAUCGAAACCUUAAGAGAUGGAGAUCAAACCCACCAGAACAUACAGACGAACUUGGCAGACAUCAUCUCCGGUGGGAAUUGCAACGACAAAACACUGUCGCCCAGGAGGGACGCGUCCGGAAAACUCGAGAGGCGCAACUCGCUCAGGAGCGGUUCGACGUCCCGUCGCCUGGCCACGCUGCAGCGAAGCGGUUCCAUGAGACAUAUAUCAAACAAAAACAAAAACGACGAAUACGGCGUGCCGUCCGCGGAGUGUGCGAAAAAGUCUCCGGGCAUAUUUUCAAGACUAUUCGGCAGCCGCAGGUCGACUUCCAAGUCUCGGAAGUCCAACAGCAGCUAUUGCUGCGCCACUCAGUUCCCGCCGGACGAAUGGUUCAACAGGGGCGUGCAACCCCAACAGUCGACCUCCACGCAAACGGAAAAGGAAGAGGACGACUGGAAAGCCAAACAAUGGCCGGCUGCGAGGUUGACGAGGAGCGCGACGUUGCCGAGGAAGUCGCGGACCGCGGCGCCAGUCGUGGCCACCGCGGGAUCGUUGGCCUGCAGCAACGGCGGCGACGGUUGCGGAGGGACGGGAAGCGGGUGCCGCGCGGACAAGAGCAGCCCGGCCGUGAAGAAGGCGUACCCGUCGAGCGGGUCGUCCGGGUACAACUCUUUGCCCCGGAUGAACGGUGGCGGUCGGAAGUCCGGCGGCGCGGGCGGUAGCAGCGUCAAGCACUCGCCGUCCGAACUGUCGUACAAGACGACCGCCACUGCUGCGGCGGCCGCGGCAUCGAAACCGGAUGCGGAGGACGCGCGCAAACCGGACUCGGCGGCGACCGCGACGAGCAACUUCGACUCGAGCUACAGCUGCGACGAGAUAUCCGUCAACGACUCCUCGAUCACGUUGACCAUCGUCUCGCCGCCGCAGACCAAAGCGAAGACGGCCGCGGACCUGCGCAGGGAGUACUUCCGGGGCCCGAUCAAGUACGGUCCGGCGACCGGUAGUUGCGGCGGCGCGGGCAGAGAGCUCUCGCAACAGGAGCAGCAGCAGGAGCAGUACUUCAACCGCGGGGGCGGAAGCGUGCGCGAGAGACAACCCAUCGCCGCGGGUCUGCACAAGUAUUUCGACAACUCGUGUAAAAUCAAAUGACGACCCUGCCCGUCGCGCACCGUCCGUACGUCGUUUACGUGUAAUACUUCCAUCUUUCGCUGUGCACGUCCAACGUCUAACGCGUCCGCGGCCCCGUUAUCGUUGUUUCCGUGCACCCCGGACCGGUGGCGCCGAAGUCCGUAGGUCGGAUAAACGAAUCCUCCGGACCGUCCGAAAACCGGUGACACCGACAAGGACGCGGUCGAUAAUGGAGAUCCCGCCGGGAUCCAACCGUCCUACGUAAACGCCGGUUUCGGCGCCCCCGGUCGCAAUAAUUCGCGUACGCAUGUGUCGCAACGUCGGGUUUCGUUCGCGUUCGCACUUGCGGUGGCGCCGAACUAUAUUUCAAGAAGAGUGGUGGCAUAAAUUUUUUAUAAAUGCUAAAGUUUAGUAUCAUAUAUAAUAUGCCUGUGGACUUACUGUAAAAAACAGAAUACCAUAUAACUUUACGCCACCGAUACAAAUUAUGAACAUGUAUAAAAAAAAAUCCCAUAAUUCAUGGACACCCACCUCUUCAAACAAGAGACGCGGCCGCCACCCCUGAAAGGCAGGAUCGGCGCCACCGCGUACUUACAUACACGUCGUCACGUCCUGUGCUAUUAACACGUUGCGUACGCGAAUGUGAUUGCCAUACUAAGGGGUACCGUUAUAAAUAUAUAUAAUAUUCACGCAUACAUAUGUUUUGUACGUAAUAACUGUGUACACGUUUAUAUAAAAAUGAAAAAAAAAAACGUUUUUAUUGUUUAUAACAUGAUAUAUUAUUUAUAUAUAUAUAUAUAUAUUGUUAAAGGGAUGCCAUAACAUUUUUAUUUAUACAUUUAUUAUACGCACACUAAUCAAAUAGAACUAUACGCGUUAUUGUAAUAACUAUAUUAUAUUACCUAUAAGCUAUGUCUUAAUAUGUAUAAUAAUAAUAUUAAUAAUAAUAAUAAUAGUUAAUAAUAAUAAUAGUAUAAGUACACUUUUCGACGUGAUCGUCCGUCGUCUACGUAGAAUAUGUGGACAGUGAACGUUUUAUUUUUUGUGACAAAAAUAAAAUGUAAUAUUUACUGCAACCUGCUGCAGUUGAAGGAUGUGACGAUGCGAGAAGUUUUGUAGACUACCCGAAUUCGUGUAAUCUGCACUUGUUAGACAUAGUAAAUAAUUUAUAACUGAAUAAAAACAUACUUAAUAUUCUA